AUGAUUAAAAAAAUAAACACAUUUCCUUUGAUUCGAGAAAUCUAUAGGAAUAAUCAUCAAAAGAAAUUUGCAUUCAUAAAACUGAUGAAUAAAAAUACAGAUAUUAAUAAAAUAUUUGCUUUUAAAAAGGAUGCCAAUCAAAGUCCAAAAAAUGGAUAUAAUUUAUUUCGUGAGCAAAUUAUAUUCACACCAUUCAGUAAUUUGUUAAUAUAUAACAACAAUAAUAAUAAUAUAUGCUUCGAGUUUGACCAUAAUACGAUUAAUCCCACUUAUAAUAACAAUAUAAUUCAUCCGUUAUGCAAGUAUAAAAAUAGUGAUUAUAUAAAUCGAAAAUUUUCAAAUAUGCAAGGUGAGGACACUUCUAAUGAUACAUUACACAAUAAAACGAAAAAAAAAACCCUACUCUUUAGUUGGCUUAAAACUGUUAGAAAAAAACAAUACUACAAAAUUAUUGGGAAAUUAGGGAUUAAGAAAAGGAAUGCAGGCAUGUAUUGGGAAUUCUAUGUUAAUAAAAGAAAAAAAAUUAGAAAGAAAAAAAGAACCAUAUGA